GGCUGGUAGGAGCAGUAGGAGGAGAAGCUGUUGUUCAGUGUCGCUCCUCCACCAAGAUGGCUGUUGUUGGGGAUGGGGAGUAGAGAGACAGUGCGGGCUCGAUAGGAGAAACACAGGAACACGGAUCAGACCUCCCCUCGGCGCGGAGUUGAAUCUCUCUCUGUCUCUGUGCUGUACGGUGCCCAGAGCUGAGGAGCAAUCAUGGAUACCACCACUUCUAUAAAGAUGACCACUAUGGCCAUCCAGAACCUCUUCAGCUAUGUGGAAGAGGAGAACCUGGCUGCCCUCAAAGCCCACCUCGAGAAAUUCAAAGAGGUGGAUGGUCGCAGUGAUAAUGGACAGACUCCUCUAAUGUUGGCUGCAGAGCAGGGCAGUUUGGAGAUUAUCCAAGAGCUCAUCAGGAGAGGUGCCAAUGUCAACCUGGACGAUGUGGACUGCUGGUCUGCUUUGAUCUCAGCAGCUAAGGAGGGGCAUGUGGAGGUGGUGAAAGAGCUGCUGGACAGCAGUGCUUACAUUGAACACAGAGACAUGGGGGGCUGGACUGCUCUUAUGUGGGCUGCAUAUAAAGGUCGGGUGGAGGUAACGAAGGUCCUCUUGGAGAAUGGAGCCAAUCCCAACACAACAGGACAGUACAGUGUAUACCCUAUCAUCUGGGCUGCUGGCCGAGGUCAUGCUGAAAUCGUCAAGCUCCUGCUGAAGCAUGAUGCCAAAGUCAACUGCUCUGAUAAGUAUGGCACCACUCCACUGAUCUGGGCUGCCAGAAAGGGACACUAUGAGUGUGUUAUGCAUCUGCUGGAGAAUGGAGCUGAUGUUGACCAGGAGGGGGCAAACUCCAUGACUGCUCUAAUCGUGGCUGUGAAAGGAGGCUACACUGAGGUUGUGAAGGAACUUCUGAAAAGGAACCCAAAUGUCAACAUGACUGAUAAGGAUGGCAACACUGCCCUGAUGAUUGCAGCUAAGGAGGGCUACACUGAGAUAGUACAGGACCUGCUGGAUGCGGGCACCUAUGUCAACAUUCCAGACAGGAGUGGUGACACGGUACUGAUUGGAGCCGUGAGGGGUGGCCAUGUUGAGAUUGUGAGAGCUCUUUUGCAUAAGUACGCUGACAUCGACAUCAGAGGCCAGGACAAUAAGACAGCUCUGUACUGGGCUGUGGAGAAGGGUAAUGCAACCAUGGUCAGAGACAUCCUACAGUGUAACCCUGAUACAGAAACCACCACUAAGGAUUCUGAGACUCCCCUAAUCAAAGCCACCAAGAUGAGAAACAUUGAUAUAGUAGAACUACUCCUGGACAAAGGAGCAAAGGUGUCUGCUGUGGAUAAGAAAGGGGACACACCUCUCCAUAUUGCCAUUCGUGGGCGGAGCCGCAGGCUGGCUGAGCUUCUUCUUCGCAACCCUAAAGAUGGCCGUCUGCUCUACAGGCCCAAUAAGGCUGGAGAGACACCAUACAAUAUUGACUGCAGUCACCAAAAGAGCAUCCUCACUCAGAUAUUUGGAGCCAGACACCUGUCCCCUACUGAGUCAGAUGGGGACAUGCUGGGGUAUGACUUAUAUAGUAGCGCCUUGGCGGACAUCCUGAGUGAGCCAACAAUGCAGCCACCCAUCUGUGUGGGCCUGUACGCCCAGUGGGGCAGUGGAAAGUCCUUUCUGCUCAAAAAACUUGAGGAUGAGAUGAAGACAUUUGCAGGGCAGCAGAUUGAGCCUCUGUUUCAGUUCUCUUGGCUAGUGGUGUUCCUGUCUCUUAUGCUUUGUGGCUCUGUGGCUCUGCUGCUCGGCUUCACUGUGGACCCCAAACUGGCUAUCGCUGUCUCCCUUAGCCUUCUGGCUCUGCUUUAUGUGUUUUUUGUGGUUGUGUACUUUGGGAGCAGGCGUGAGGGUGAGAGCUGGAACUGGGCCUGGGUUCUAAGUACUCGGCUCGCCCGCCACAUUGGUUACCUUGAGUUACUGCUGAAACUCAUGUUUGUUAACCCUCCAGAGCUGCCUGAGCAGACCACACGAGCGCUGCCUGUUAGGUUCCUGUUCACAGACUAUAAUAGGCUCUCCAGUGUGGGUGGAGAGACCUCUAUGGCUGAAAUGAUUGCCACUCUCUCAGAUGCCUGCGAGAGAGAGUUUGGUUUUAUGGCCUCCAGACUUUUUAGGGUCUUUAAGACAGAGGACACUCAAGGUAAAAAGAAAUGGAAGAAGACAUGCUGUAUCCCAUCCUUCGUCAUCUUCCUGUUCAUCCUGGUGUGCCUGAUCACAGGCAUGGCCUUGCUGGCCAUCUUCAAGGUGGAUGGCGAAAACCAGACAGUGAAUGCAAUACUGGUAGCCAUGGUCAGCGUUGUGGGCCUGGCUGUGCUGCUGAACUGCCGCACUUGGUGGCAGGUGACGGAUUCAGUGCUGAACUCUCAGAGGAAGAGGCUACACAGUGCUGCUAAUAAGAUGCACAAACUCAAGAGUGAAGGCUUCAUGAAGGUUCUUAAGAGUGAAGUGGAACUCAUGGCAAAGAUGGCAAAGACCAUUGACAGCUUCACUCAGAAUCAAACACGUCUAGUUGUCAUCAUAGAUGGUCUGGACUCCUGUGAGCAGGACAAAGUUCUGCAAAUGUUAGAUACGGUGAGGGUGCUCUUCUCUAAAGGCCCCUUUAUCUCCAUCUUUGCCAGUGACCCUCACAUAAUCAUUAAAGCCAUCAACCAGAACCUGAACAGUGUGUUACGCGAUUCCAACAUCAAUGGCCAUGACUACAUGCGCAACAUAGUGCACCUGCCCGUCUUCCUCAACAGCCGAGGCCUUAGCAGUGCUAAGAAGAUGUGUGCACCGGCUCCGGCUAAUGGAGAGACCGGAAACUCUGAAGGCUGGCAUGAGGAGCUGGACAGGAAGCUGUCCCAGCACAGUCUGAGUGAAGCAGCUAAGUUGGGUAGCAAGACGGCACUUAAUCGCAGGGACACGUACCGACGGCGACAGAUGCAGAGGUCAGUCACACGUCAAAUGUCUUUUGACCUGACCAAGCUGCUGGUUACUGAGGACUGGUUCAGUGACAUCAGCCCUCAGACCAUGAGAAGACUGCUAAACAUUGUGUCUGUCACAGGCCGUUUACUGAGGGCCAAUCAGAUUAGUUUCAACUGGGACCGGCUGGCGUCUUGGAUCAACUUGACAGAGCAGUGGCCUUACCGCACAUCCUGGCUUAUUCUUUACCUAGAGGAGACAGACGGUAUACCUGACCAGGCCACACUUAAAACAAUAUAUGAAAGGAUUUCCAAGAACAUUCCUACCACUAAAGAUGUGGAACCCUUGUUGGAGAUAGAUGGAGACGUGCGGAGCUUUGAGGUGUUCCUGUCUUCCCGCACCCCAGUGCUGGCUGCUCGAGACAUCCGCACCUUCCUCCCCUGCACAGUCAAUCUGGACCCCAAGCUAAGAGAGAUCAUAGCAGACGUGCGUGCUGCUCGUGAACAGAUGAACAUGGGAGGGGUCACCUAUCCCACACUGCCCUUGCAUGAAGCUGGACCCCGCCCCACUUCCAUCUACAGCCAGCAGUCCUCUGCCUGCUCGCCAACUGCCUCUUACAACGGGCCGUACAACCCGCCCGGCGUGUCCCCUCAGCCCCACAGCGCCUACUACAGUGGCAUGGCAGGCCCUCAGCAUCCCUUCUACAACAGACCUUAUUUCCCCCAUCAUGUUUACGUGCUGCCACGGCAGUACACUGGCAGCUCUAUCCCUGUACAUGCCCCCGCACCUCCACGUCCACUCAUUAAAGCAGGCUAUCCCAGGGAUCCUAACACUGGAAUUUUUAAAGUAGUGCCUUUGAAAACGAAGCAGGGCACCGCUUCUGUGGUGUCAGGCGCCCCAUCUGUGCUGCUCAGCUCCAUGAACACAGAUAUGGUGUGUGAGCGCCUUAAAGUAAUCGAUGGUAUGGACCAGGCCAUGCUUGCCCAGUAUACUGCCACCAUCAAGAAGGCCAAUGUGAAUGGAAGAGUUCUGUCCCAGUGUAACCUGGAUGAGCUGAAGAAAGAAAUGAGCAUGAACUUUGGAGACUGGCAGCUCUUCAGAGGAACUGUGAUGGAGAUGCGUCAUAUCGAGAGCCAGGUCUUGCAUGAGGAGGCUCCCAGUGAGCAGGGCAGCAGCAUGGUGGGCCAUGGGGAGCCAGUCAGACAUCGGGGAGCUUCUGGCCACGGAGCACCUGGCAAUACAGAAACUUCCCCCAUGUACAGCUUCAACCUGAGCUUUGAAGAGCUCUCCAAUGUAGGACUGGAUGAACAGCCCAGGCAUGCCAACCCUCCCUGGAUGAGCACUACCCAUCGUACUCCAAGUAUGUCCAGCCUGAACUCUCAGGAGUCCUCUAAUGACAUCUGCAAGCUAACUGACAAACAACAGGCAGAGUACCGUAAUGCCUAUCAAGAGUACAUCUCCUCAAUGUCCCAGCUUGAGGCUGGAGUCGCUGGAGUGGAAAAGCCUGUACAGCCCCAUCCAGGCCAGUUUAUGCACUCUAACUCUGAUGAAAAGAACAAGGACGGAGGAGAUCAAGAUGGACGCAAGUCCUACUCAAAGCGUGGUGGUGGGAAGCCAGCAGUGGAUACAACUGAUUUUGCAGCGGCCGAAGCUGCCACUUUAGACCCUAUCAGUGAGGAGGAUGAGAAGUUAGACCACGGCUCCUCCAAGUCCCUACUUGGGCGAAAGACCUCUGGAGAGAAAGUGGGACUCUUCCAGAGUGCUGACUUGAAGCUGAAGGCCGCUGGCGGUGGUCUGCGCUACCAGAAACUCACCAGUGAUGACGAAGAGUCUGAAGAGUCUGAUAACGCCCCUCUGCUCAAGGAUGGGAAGAAACCAGAGCCCAAACGCGCUGAAAGCGAAGAGCGUUCUUUGGCCAAGGGAAAAGAGUACCUCUCAGAUGGAAUGCUGGACAAAAAAGACUCGUCUGACUCGGGCGUCCGCUCCAACGAAAGCUCACCCAACCACUCCCUCCAAGACGAGGAGGCUGACCUCUCGCAGUCCGAGAGGACAAACCUGAUAGAGCUGGACGAGGAGAGCCUUGCCCGCAAGAGAGGCCUGCCCAACAGCCUUAGUGGCCUUCAGGAUCCGACCAUCGCACGCAUGUCCAUCUGCUCUGAGGAUCAGUGCAGCCUCUUGGCUAGCAGCCCUGAGGAAAGCUGGCCAUCUUCCAAAAAUUACAACCUCAACCGCACCCCCAGCAACACCACCCUCAACAACAACACCAACGCUCAGCAAGCUAACCGCUCCCGCCAGUCUGGAGAUAGUGCCAACACCACCACUACCACCACUGGUAGCGAGGUCAUCGUCACUCCAGGUUCCAGUAUUAACACCUCCUCCACCUCCACCACACACAACGAGAACGUCCGUGUGGUGCACCUGAAGAGAGGCCUGAACCCCGGUGACCCGCCAGAGAUCUGUGCCGUGACCUCCGACACAGUCUCUUUCGGGGAAGAGCGUGAGAGCAUCCUGUGAGAAGCUGAUCCUGACAGAGUCUGCUAGUCUCGAGUUGUUGAUGUUUUGAUUUUGUGAUGUGAAGUAUAGUGAUGCAUGCUCUCAGUGAAACGUCAUUCCAGUGGAUCAGUGAGUUCCUUGUGUUUCAGUGUUGAAUUAAUUGUUAGUGGUUGUUUGCACACUGUAGUUUACUGCCAGCAAUGCUGCCUACAUCUUCAUUUGUGAUAAGGGAUACCCCUGCUUUGUUGCUCGCUUUUUAGAGUCACAUUACCUGAAGGUGAAGUCCUAAUGCUUAUUUAAUAAUUUUCCUUUUUUAUGAAAUACAGUCAAACAGUAUUACUGCUUUCCAUCUUAAAUGGAAUGAACCCUAUAAAGAACAGCAAAUCUCAACAAUUAUCAAGUUAAAGUAAGAUAUAAAUUUGAACUUUUUUUAACCGUACCUCACUAUUUAUUUGAACCUGACUCUUUAAGAAAAAAGCGUGGUUUCACCUUGUCCAAACCAUAAUUAUAUCCAAAUCAUCCUACAACCAUAAGCUCACUUGUGAAGUGUUAUGCCAUGUUAAAUCGUGUCUGUUGCAUGUUGUUUGCAUCCCUUUAGGUGUAAAACAGUGUUUCUUAAACCUUGUACACCCUGAACUCAAAUUACUAAGCAUCUGGUACUAAGGACCAACACUCAACAAAGGUAUUACAAAGGAUUCUUUAAGUAAGGGCAUAGAAGAACCAUGUUAGGUCCCAUAAUGAAUGAGUUUUACAAAAAGAUGUAAGUGUGAAGAACCUUUCAAAGAUUAAAAGAAGUCACUGUAGAUAUUUUUUACCACUUUAAUCUCAUAAACUCUGCAGAACCGCUAAUGGUUUCUGUCCCAGACCACACACAAUCGUGUUAUAAAGUUAGGGAGUAAAAUGGUUCCUCUUUUAUGGCCUACAACUAAGGUUCUAAAUAGAUGGUGCGUAAUUGUAUGUGUCCUGUCAAGCCGUGAUGCACAGUCACACCACAAGUUGUACCUUGAUUCCUGACCUGUAGUUUUAAGAAGUCCUGCAGUAGAUUAGUAGCAGUGAGCAUGUAAAGCAGUGACAUGCAUGUGUCUGACUGCAGUAAAUGUCUGAAACAACUAGCUUGCAUGCAUUGUGCUGUUAUCGUAGCUCUUCUGUGUACUUGUGAUGCUGUGAUCCCUUUCAGAUUUAGACAAGAAACUGAGAUUUGUGAAAACUGUCUGCAACACGGAGAAAAAUAAAAGAUAAUAACAGCU